AUGAAUAAAUACAUUAACAAGUACACUACCCCACCUAAUCUAUUGUCGCUACGACAACGGGCAGAUGUUAAGCAUAGAACAAGAAAGAAGCUUUCGCAUAAAUCACGUUCCCAUGAUGAUGAAAUGUCUACAGCUUCAGGCACAGAUUCCAAUCAUAAUGGCCCCAACGAUUCUGGCAGAGCCAUUACUGGUUCUGCUCCCCACAACGGAAAAAUAUCUUUUGUGGACUCAGAAUUAGACACAACUUUCUCCACUCUAAAUUUAAUCUUUGAUAGACUGAAAAGCGAUGUACCACAAGAGCGAGCCUCUGGAGCUAAUGACUUGAACACUACUUUGACAUCUUUAGCAAGGGAGGUCUCUGUGGAACAGUUUCAAAGGUUUAGUAACAGCUUAAACAACAAGAUUUUUGAACUGAUUCAUGGCUUUACAUCAAGCGAAAAAAUAGGUGGUAUUAUCGCAGUGGAUACUUUGAUCUCAUUUUAUUUGAGUACGGAAGAACUGCCCAACCAGACUUCACGACUGGCAAACUACCUGCGUGUCUUAAUUCCGUCUAAUGACAUCGAGGUCAUGAGAUUAGCGGCUAAUACAUUGGGUAGAUUAGCAGUACCGGGUGGUACAUUAACUUCAGACUUUGUCGAGUUUGAAGUAAAAACCUGUAUUGACUGGUUAACUCUAACGGCAGACAAUAGUUCUUCAAGCUCUAAAAUGGAAUAUAGGCGGCAUGCUGCGCUAUUGAUUAUAAAGGCAUUGGCCGACAAUUCACCUUAUCUUUUAUAUCCAUACGUUAAUUCCAUUCUAGAAAAUAUAUGGAUGCCAUUAAGAGAUGCCAAACUCGCUAUACGGCUCGAUGCAGCCGUGGCGUUAGGUAAAUGUCUAACUAUCAUCCAAGACAGAGACCCUGCUCUAGGAAAACAAUGGUUUCAAAGACUAUCACAAGGUUGUAGUCAUGGUUUAAGUCUCAAUACAAACGAUUCAGUGCAUGCUACUCUGUUAGUUUUUCGUGAACUACUUAGUUUGAAGGCACCUUAUUUAAGGGGUAAGUAUGAUGACAUUUACAAAUCUACAAUGAAAUACAAGGACUAUAAAUUCGAUGUUAUUAGAAGAGAGGUUUAUGCCAUUUUACCUCUUUUGGCUGCUUUUGACCCAGCAGUUUUCACUAAGAAAUAUCUUGAUAGGAUUAUGGUUUAUUAUUUAACAUACUUGAAAAAUAUUGACGCCAAUGCCGCAAAUAUCUCUGACAAACCUUUCAUAUUAGUUUCAAUAGGUGAUAUUGCGUUUGAAGUCGGUUCUAAUAUUUCAAGUUAUAUGACGCCUAUCCUUGAUAAUAUCAGGGAAGGUCUAAGAACCAAAUUUAAAGUGAGAAAGCAGUUCGAAAAGGACUUGUUUUACUGUAUUGGCAAAUUAGCUUAUGCUUUGGGCCCAGCUUUUGCUAAACAUUUGAAUAAAGACCUUCUCAAUCUGAUGCUUAACUGUCCCUUGUCUGAUCAUAUGCAGGAGACUUUAAUGAUCCUUAAUGAAAAAAUACCCUCUUUGGAACCCACUGUUAAUUCGAGAAUUUUGAACAUAUUAUCCAUAUCAUUAUCUGGUGAGAAAUUUGAUCAAUCGAAUCAAUAUGAUUUCAAUAACCAAUUUUCCAUUGAAAAGGCUCGUAAGUUAAGAAAUCAAAGUUUUAUGAAAAAAACUGCUGAAUCUAACGACGAUAUUACUGAUGCACAAAUUUUGAUCCAAUGCUUUAAGAUGUUACAAUUAGUUCAUCAUCAAUACUCCUUGACUGAAUUUGUUAGAUUGAUCACUAUUUCCUAUAUUGAACAUGAAGAUCCGUCUGUUAGGAAAUUAGCUGCGUUAACCUCUUGUGAUUUAUUUAUCAAAGAUGAUAUCUGUAAGCAAACGUCAGUUCACGCUUUACACUCUGUGUCCGAAGUAUUAAGCAAGCUGCUGAUGAUCGCAAUAACUGAUCCAGUUGCGGAGAUUAGAUUAGAAAUUUUGCAACAUAUGGGUUCGAACUUUGAUCCUCAACUGGCACAACCAGACAAUUUACGCUUACUUUUCAUGGCGCUGAAUGAUGAAAUAUUCGGAAUUCAAUUAGAAGCGAUCAAAAUCAUAGGCAGAUUGAGUUCCGUUAAUCCCGCUUAUGUAGUUCCUUCUUUGAGAAAGACUUUGUUGGAGUUAUUGACGCAACUGAAAUACUCAAAUAUGCCAAAGAAAAAAGAAGAAAGUGCAACAUUAUUGUGUACUUUGAUAAAUUCUAGUGAUGAGGUAGCUAAGCCCUAUAUCGAUCCUAUUUUAGACGUGAUUCUUCCCAAAUGUGAGGAUGCUUCAUCGGCGGUUGCAUCCACCGCAAUAAAAGUUCUUGGUGAAUUGUCGGUUGUCGGUGGAAAGGAAAUGACACGUUAUUUGAAAGAAUUAAUGCCACUGAUUAUCAGCACUUUUCAGGAUCAAUCGAACUCGUUCAAAAGAGAUGCUGCAUUAACGACGCUGGGACAACUAGCUGCUUCAUCUGGCUAUGUCAUUGGUCCUUUAUUGGAUUAUCCAGAAUUACUCGGUAUUUUGGUUAAUAUUUUAAAGACUGAAAAUAAUCCUCAUAUAAGACGUGGGACAGUUCGUUUAAUUGGGAUCUUAGGUGCUCUUGAUCCAUAUAAACAUAGAGAAAUAGAAGUGACGUCGAAGUCAAAGAGUUCAGUAGAGCAAAACGCGCCUUCAAUUGACAUUGCAUUAUUAAUGCAGGGAGUGUCUCCGUCUAAUGACGAGUAUUACCCCACAGUAGUCAUUCAUAACCUUAUGAAGAUUUUAAAUGACCCGUCUUUAUCAAGUCAUCAUACAGCGUCUAUUCAAGCAAUUAUGCAUAUCUUUCAAAGCCUAGGUUUACGUUGUGUCUCAUUUCUAGAUCAGAUAAUUCCAGGUAUCAUCUUGGUGAUGCGUUCAUGUCCACCAUCACAACUGGAAUUCUAUUUUCAACAACUUUGUUCACUUGUAUCAAUUGUCAAACAGCACAUUAGGCCUCAUGUGGAGAAAAUAUAUAGUGUAAUCAAGGAAUUUUUCACAAUCAUUAAAUUACAAAUCACAAUAAUAUCGGUUAUUGAAUCGAUAUCAAAAGCGUUGGAAGGUGAGUUCAAGAGAUUCGUUCCAGAAACUUUGACAUUUUUCCUUGACAUCCUUGAGAACGAUCAGUCUAAUAAAAAAAUUGUUUCUAUCCGUAUACUGAAGUCCUUAGUGACUUUUGGAUCCAAUUUAGAGGAUUACUCCCAUUUAAUUAUGCCCGUAGUCGUCAGAAUGACUGAAUACUCCGCUGGAAGUUUAAAAAAAAUUGCAAUCAUUACGUUGGGGAGAUUAGCAAAGAAUAUCAACCUCUCAGAAAUGUCAUCAAGGAUUGUUCAGGCACUGGUGCGAAUCUUGAAUAACGGGGACAGAGAACUAACAAAAGCAACCAUGAAUACAUUGAGUUUGCUUCUUUUGCAAUUGGGUACCGACUUCGUCAUAUUUAUACCAGCAGUUAAUAAAACAUUGCUAAGAAAUAGAAUCCAACAUUCGGUGUAUGAUCAACUUGUCAAUAAGCUGUUGAACAAUGAAGGCUUGCCAACAAAUAUCAUAUUCGAUAAAGAGAAUGAAGUGCCUAUAAAGGAUAAGUAUGAGGAUGAAACGCAAGUAAAAAAAUUACCUGUAAAUCAAAAUAUUCUAAAGAACGCAUGGUAUUGCUCCCAGCAGAAAACAAAAGAAGAUUGGCAAGAAUGGAUAAGGAGAUUGUCUAUUCAAUUAUUAAAGGAAUCACCUUCUGCCUCUUUGCGUGCGUGUUCGAGCUUGGUCGGCGUUUACUACCCUCUAGCAAGAGAAUUAUUUAAUGCUUCAUUUUCAAGUUGCUGGGUUGAACUUCAAAUCCCAUACCAAGAAGACUUAGUUCAAGCGCUUUGUAAAGCUUUAUCAUCUUCUGAAAACCCUCCAGAAAUUUACCAAAUGUUGUUGAACCUGGUAGAAUUCAUGGAGCACGAUGAUAAGCCACUGCCAAUCCCAAUUCACACACUAGGAAAGUACGCUCAAAAAUGCCACGCUUUUGCAAAGGCAUUACAUUAUAAAGAGGUUGAGUUCUUAGAUGAGCCAACAAAUUCUACAAUAGAAUCAUUGAUUAGCAUCAACAAUCAACUUCAUCAAACAGAUUCAGCCAUUGGAAUUUUGAAACACGCACAACAGCACAAUGAACUACAGCUGAAAGAAACAUGGUACGAGAAGCUUCAACGUUGGGAAGAUGCUCUUACGGCUUAUAACGAGAGAGAGGCGGCGGGCGAAGACUCUGUUGAGGUCAUGAUGGGGAAGUUGAGAUCGCUGUAUGCCCUUGGAGAAUGGGAACAACUUGCAAAUCUAGCUUCUCAAAAAUGGAGUACGGCAAAGCCUGACGUAAAAAAGUCUAUGGCACCAUUAGCAGCUGGUGCUGCAUGGGGCUUAGAAAAAUGGGAUGACAUAGCUCAAUAUACAAGCGUCAUGAAGUCACAGUCACCAGAUAAAGAAUUCUAUGAUGCAAUUUUGUGUCUGCAUAGGAAUAACUUCAAGAAGGCAGAGGCCCAUAUUUUUAACGCAAGAGAUCUUUUGGUUACUGAACUGUCGGCGCUCGUUAAUGAAAGCUAUAAUAGAGCAUAUGUCGUCGUCGUUAGAGCACAAAUUAUCGCAGAGUUAGAAGAAAUUAUAAAGUACAAGAAACUACCGCAAAAUUCCGAUAAGCGUUUUAUUAUGAGAGAGACUUGGAAUACAAGAUUAUUGGGUUGUCAAAAAAAUAUUGAUGUGUGGCAAAGAAUUCUGCGUGUAAGAUCGUUGGUAAUAAAGCCAAAGCAAGACGCCCAGAUGAGAAUUAAGUUUGCGAAUUUGUGCAGGAAAUCCGGCAGAAUGGCGUUAGCCAAGAAAGUCUUGAAUACACUACUUGAAGAAACAGAUGAUCCUGAUCACCCUAAUACAGCCAAAGCAUCUCCUCCGGUUGUUUAUGCCCAGCUGAAGUACUUAUGGGCUACGGGAUCGCAAGACGAAGCUCUGAAACAAUUAAUCAACUUUACUUCUAGAAUGGCACAUGAUUUGGGAUUAGAUCCAAAUAAUAUGAUAGCUCAAAGUGUUCCUCAACGAAACAAAAAAAAUCCGCGUCAUAUUGAGGAUUAUACUCGGCUUCUGGCCCGCUGCUUCUUGAAGCAAGGAGAAUGGAGAGUUUGCUUACAGCCUAAAUGGAGACUAAGUAAUCCAGACUCGAUCUUAGGCUCAUACUUGCUUGCUACUCAUUUUGACAGUACUUGGUACAAAGCCUGGCACAAUUGGGCAUUAGCCAAUUUUGAGGUUAUUUCUAUGAUGACAUCCGUCUCAAAAAGGAAGCAGGAAGGUGGUGAUUCUGCUUCUAGUAGCGACAUAAACGAAUUUGGAAACGGUAUGAUUGGGGUUAAUACAUUUGAUGCUAAGGAGGUUCACUAUUCCUCUAAUCUGAUACAGAGGCAUGUGAUCCCAGCUAUUAAAGGGUUUUUUCAUUCCAUCUCUUUAUCGGAAUCAAGCUCUCUUCAGGAUGCCUUAAGACUGUUAACUUUAUGGUUCACAUUUGGUGGUAUCCCAGAAGCGAMCCAAGCGAUGCACGAUGGUUUUAAUUUGAUUCAAAUUGGUACGUGGUUGGAAGUAUUGCCUCAAUUGAUAUCCAGAAUUCAUCAGCCGAAUCAACUCGUUAGCAGAUCAUUAAUCUCACUACUAUCUAAUUUGGGUAAGGCUCAUCCACAAGCAUUGGUAUAUCCGUUAAUGGUCGCAAUCAAGUCUGAAUCUCUAUCGAGACAAAAGGCAGCUCUGUCUAUUAUCGAAAAAAUGAGAAUACACAGCCCAGUUCUAGUCGACCAGGCAGAACUUGUCAGUCACGAAUUGAUUCGAGUAGCGGUGCUAUGGCACGAGCAAUGGUAUGAAGGUUUGGACGAUGCUAGUAAGCAGUUUUUUGGCGAGCACAAUACUGAGAAAAUGUUUGCCGCUUUAGAACCUUUGUAUGAAAUGCUAAAGAGAGGUCCCGAGACUUUAAGAGAAAUCUCUUUUCAAAACUCAUUUGGAAGGGAUUUAAAUGAUGCCUAUGAAUGGUUAAUGAAUUACAAAAGGUCUAAAGAUGUCAGUAACUUGAAUCAAGCAUGGGAUAUUUACUAUAAUGUUUUUAGAAAAAUCAGUAAGCAAUUGCCGGAAUUACAGACAUUAGAAUUACAGCAUGUCUCACCAAAAUUAUUAUCUGCCCAUGACUUAGACUUAGCUGUUCCCGGGACCUACGCUGGUGGGAAGCCAAUAGUUAAGAUAUCCAAAUUCGAGCCUGUGUUUUCAGUAAUCUCAUCUAAACAGAGACCAAGAAAGUUCUGUAUCAAAGGUAGUGAUGGUAAGGAUUAUAAGUGUAUUUUGAAAGGUCAUGAAGAUAUCAGGCAAGAUAGUUUGGUUAUGCAAUUGUUUGGUUUGGUUAACACAUUGUUGCAAAACGAUGCCGAGUGUUUUAGAAGACAUUUGGAUAUCCAACAAUAUCCUGCAAUUCCGCUAUCUCCUAAAUCCGGGCUAUUAGGUUGGGUGCCAAAUAGUGAUACAUUUCAUGUGUUAAUUAAAGAUCACAGAGAAGCUAAAAAAAUCCCGUUGAACAUUGAACAUUGGGUCAUGUUACAAAUGGCGCCAGAUUAUGAUAAUUUGACGUUAUUACAAAAAGUGGAAGUGUUUACAUAUGCUUUGAACAAUACGGAAGGGCAAGAUCUUUAUAAGGUGUUGUGGUUAAAGAGUAGGUCAUCGGAAACAUGGUUGGAACGUAGAACUAUUUACACAAGAUCGUUAGCUGUUAUGUCUAUGACUGGGUAUAUUCUAGGACUGGGUGAUCGACAUCCUAGUAAUUUGAUGUUAGAUAGAAUUACUGGUAAAGUUAUCCAUAUUGACUUUGGUGAUUGUUUCGAAGCUGCUAUCUUGAGAGAAAAGUUUCCUGAAAAGGUGCCGUUUAGGUUGACUAGGAUGCUAACUUAUGCAAUGGAAGUAAGCGGUAUUGAAGGAAGUUUCCGUAUCACCUGUGAAAAUGUUAUGAAAGUUCUCAGAGAUAAUAAGGAUUCAUUGAUGGCCAUCCUCGAAGCCUUUGCUUUCGAUCCUUUGAUUAACUGGGGAUUUGAUUUGACAACACAGAAAAUCGAAGAGGAAACUGGUAUUCAAUUGCCCGUAAUGAACGCCAAUGAGUUAUUGAGUAAUGGUACUAUUACGGAAGAAGAAGUUCAAAAAGUAGAAAAUGAACACAAAAAUGCAAUCAGAAAUGCAAGGGCUAUGUUGGUUUUGAAACGUAUAACAGAUAAAUUGACAGGAAAUGAUAUAAGAAGGCUCAGCGAUUUGGAUGUGCCGGAGCAAGUAGAUAAAUUGAUUCAACAAGCUACCUCCGUGGAAAACCUAUGCCAGCAUUACAUAGGUUGGUGUCCUUUUUGGUAG